AGUAUAAAAUCCCGGGGUUGCUAAGAGAGGGCCCAGACCGAAGAAGGUUUGGUGGAAAGCAGAACCUUGGUCUCCAUCUAACUGCUCCUAAGCCUCACGCUCCCUUGCCCUGCAUGUCCUGUUGCUUCCCUGAUUGACCUUCUUCGUGACCUGUAGCUAAACCUUCCACCAGCGCUUGAGAACUUAAUUUGAACCGGAUCCUUUCCCAGACCCCUUUCUCCUCCUCCUCCUCCUCCUCCUCUUCCACCUCCAGGUGCCCAACAGCCCCCUUCUCCUCCUUUCCCUUCCCUUCCCUCCCCUCCCCCUUCCCUCCGCCUCCCCGUCCCCAUCCCCUUCCCUCCCCCCCGCCCUAAGCCACCCCCGCCUCUGUCCUGGCCGCCUCAGGGCGCCCUGAGAGGACCAGGACAUGCCGGUGUGGUGGCUGCUCUUUUGGCUCCUCCUGCUGGGAUUUAUCAGCCAUCACCCCACCUAUGUUAUCAAUUCUCCACCUGAUCAUUUUCAUCCUGGGACUGACUUUUGUGGAAUUCCUUGGAUAGUUAUCAUUAUUGUGUUUCUGGGAAUUUCUACACUUGCUAUUUUCCUCUGGAAAACUAGCCUUUGUGUGUCUUUCCUCAAGACUGUCUUAAAGUCACAAAAUGUACAUGACGGAUCCACGGAUGUACAGCAGAAAGCCUGGAGGUCCAAUAGCCGUAGCCAGGAAGGAAUUAAAAUUGGCCUGGAAGACCUCUUUACUUCACAGAGACAUAUGGAAGCCAAAGUUCGAGCUAAAGUCCAUAAGGUGACAAGGAAGGUCAACAGUCAUUACAAAAUCAAUGGACAUAGGAAGACUGCCAAAAAAAAGAAACUGUUUCAACGCAUGCAAGAGUUGCGGCGGCGGGCAGAGGACUACUACAGAUGCAAAAUCACCCCUUCUGCAAGAAAGCAUCUUGCCAACUCACUCUGUGCUCAAGCCUUGCAAAGGGGGAAGGCAGAGAGGCAGGCUGCCUACAAGCAGCACAGGUGUCGAAUGAGGCAAAAGCAGAGAGUGCCAGAGAGACACAUGAGUCAGGAGCCAGUCCAGGGACGACCGGGCCUAGAGAACCCUUUCUGGAGGGCAGAUUCAGGACAUCAUUCGGUUCCCAUGAGGAACAGCAACGGCGUCCCAGCUGAAAACACAGAGAAGACAAAGGUCAGGAUGGCGGCAGUGGAGCACCAUCAUUCCUCAGGAUUGCCCUACUGGCCCUACCUCCCAGCUGAAACUUUAAGAAAAAGGAUGGGCCACAAGCCACCUCCUCCUAUACAGUGUGAUCUGAGAGGUCAACCACGUCCAUCAGUUAAAGGGUGUCUGAGACCGCUGACUCUUUCUCGACUACAGUGUCCACUAGGACCUCAACCACAUUCUACAACUGAUGAUUUUCUGAAAAGAGAGACACCUCAAGACGACUGUGCCCUGGGACCUGAACCACUUCCUCGAGCUGAUGAUUUUCCGAGACUCAAGACACCUCCCGAGGGUCUUUUCAUACCAAUUUCCCCUUCUCCAGUUGAUGAUUCUCUGAGCCUGAAGACACCUCCCGAGUGUCUUCUGGUACCCCUUCCACCUUCUCCAGUUGAUGAUUUUCUGAGACCACAAACACCUCCCGUCCAGUGUCACCUGAGACCUGUACCAUUUCAUCGAGCUGAUGAUAUCAGGAGACUCAAGAAACCUCCUGACUGUUUUUUCGCACCCCUUCCACCUUCUCCAGUUGAUGAUUCUCUGAGCCUGAAGACACCUCCCGAGUGUCUUCUGGUACCCCUUCCACCUUCUCCAGUUGAUGAUUUUCUCACACCACAGGCACCUCCCAUCAAGCGUCGUCGCCUGGGACCUGUAGCAUUUCCUCGAGCUGAUGAUUUUAGGAGACCCAAGGAACCUCCCGACUGUUUUUUCGUACCACUUCCACCUUCUCCAGUUGAUGAUUCUCUGAGCCUGAAGACACCUCCCGAGUGUCUUCUGGUACCCCUUCCACCUUCUCCAGUUGAUGAUUUUCUGAGACCACAAACACCUCCCGUCCAGUGUCACCUGAGACCUGUACCAUUUCAUCGAGCUGAUGAUAUCAGGAGACUCAAGAAACCUCCUGACUGUUUUUUCGCACCCGUUCCAGCUUCUCCAGUUGAUGAUUCUCUGAGCCUGAAGACACCUCCCGAGUGUCUUCUGGUACCCCUUCCACCUCCAGUUGAUGAUUUUCUCACACCAGAGGCACCUCCCAUCAAGCGUCGUCGCCUGGGACCUGUAGCAUUUCCUCGAGCUGAUGAUUUUAGGAGACCCAAGGAACAUCCCGAGUGUUUUUUCACAGCCCUUCCACCUUCUCCAGACACAGCGUGCAGAGCGCCUCGAGCAGGCAGCCCACUGCUGACUCCUUUCCAGGGGCCUUUCCCCGAGAGGCAAAGCUUUCUCCCAGGGAGUCCUCACUUUCAGCCCUGUCAGCAUGCCCAGUGCCUGCACUCUGCAGGGCCCAGUUCUAUCCCAUUACGCAAGUUGGUUUUCAGCGGCUAUGGGAAAGUCACACACGAUUGUGCCAAGGUGAACAAAUGUUGGCGACCUGGGGAAAAGCAGCAGCUGCACAUCCUGAAGCAUUGGGUCUUCCAAGGAAGCCUCGUCUAA